CAUUCCUUCUGUGCUGCAGUGCAUUUUAUACUUUGAAAUGCGGAUACCCAAGAAAUUCCUACUGAAGGUGUUCUGGAAAUUACAAAUUCACGGACCUCGACGAAGAAUGAACGGUUUGGAAAAUUUAUUGGAGGACUCUAAAUUCGCUAACAUGCUGAGAAACGCUCUUUACACUUUAAACUGGCUCUUCUUGGUUUCUAGCGCUCUAACCUUGGUUAUUGGCCUUUACCUGUACUGGAAAUUUGAAUUGAUUCAAAUUUUAAUCGAUGUGAACUUCAAUCCUGAUCUUUACGUUAUUGGCUUGAGUAUUUUGCUUUUCAUCACUGGAUUUGUAGGAUACAUUGCCGUUUCGCAACGAUGGCUUACUCUCCUUUACUGGUACGUGCUGGCAUUGAUGCUGCUUCUGUUGAUAUACAUUCCAACUGGUUCAGCUUCCUUUGCCCUUUCAAUGGAUCGUCACAACCACCACCGUGGUGCCAAAGAAUUAUGGGUAGUGUUACACAAUUACCAUCAGCUCCCAAUGUCUACAAGGAUCAUGGAUGAAAUUCAAGCUAUGCUCCAGUGCUGCGGCAUCAGCAAAUCCGGUUACAAGGACUGGGAUACCCAUUCUCACUUUCAAUGUGCUGACAAUUUUAGCCCGAGAAGAUGCAGUGUACCACCAUCUUGUUGCAAACAUCCACAGGGUAGAGUUCCAAAUCUGAUGUGUGGCGCUUAUGUACUGAAUAAUACUAUCAUGCCGGAGUUUCAAGUCGAGAAAGUAAUAAAUACUAGAGGGUGCCUUGCUGUUCUGGAUGGUGUUCUAAAAAGGGCUUGCACUACUCUUGGAUUCAUGUCCUUUGUUACAGCCAGUGUAGUGCUGUUGACUUUUGUUCUCACAAUCUUGUUCAUAAAGACGAUGGAUGAGAAACCAAAAGAGAUCCAUAUCCAGAACUACAUCGUGGAUCUGAAACAUGACAAAUAUAUGGAGGCGAUUCUAAAUCCAGGAAAUGAUCGUCCUGUAAUCAUCGCCGCGCCAAAACAAAAUUCAGAUUAAUUUUUGAAUUUCUUUGCACAGCCAUGCUGCUGUUGCUAUAUCAUAACCACUCCUUAUGUGUGUUAUUGAAUAUCGUAAAACAAAAUUAUAUAAUUUGCUGAAUAUGUUAUGACAAAAAAUGAUAAAUAUUUCAAGUCGAAUUUUGAAUAUAUAAUGGUA